AUGGCAUCAUCCAUCCAGAUCCCCUCCGACUUCCUGCGGGGCACACCCCCGUCUGCCACCCUACACAAAAUCGACUUCACCAAAACCACCCCUCCAAUCCCCGAAUACAAAGACCACUUCGCCGCAGUAAUCGAUGACUUCCUGACAGAAUCCGAAUGCCGUCAACUCCUCCAUCUCGCCGAGCACUCCACCCCAGGAAACCCAUGGGAACGCGCCCUCGUCAACAUCGGCGGCGGGCUCCAGGCCAUGGCACAGGACACCCGCAACUGCGGACGCAUCAUCUGGGACUCGCACGACCUCGCAAACCGUCUGCUCGAGCGCCUGAUGCCAUUCCUGCACGAAUGCGACAUCGUCAACAUCGACCGACGGCCGCUCGUCACGGGCCGCGGAUCAGUCGCCCGCGGCGAGGCGUUCGUGCUGUCGCGACUGAACGAGCGGUUUAGGUUCCUGCGCUAUGAGGGCGGCGAGUACUUCCGCCCGCAUGCGGAUGGGUGCUACAUUACGCCAGAUGAGACGGAGCAGUCGCUGUUCACGGUGCAUUUGUAUCUAAAUGGGGACGGGGAGCAGGAUCUGGAUGCGCUGCGGGCGAUGGAGCGGCGGCGGCAGCAGCAGCGGCGGGAUAAGAGGGAUGUAAUGUCUGGGAGAUACCCUGGUGAAGAGGGGAGUCAGCAGGAUGAAGCGCAAGAGGAGGGGGAGAAGGAUGGUAUAGCUGCUGGGCGCGGGCUGUUCGGAGGGGCUACCUCGUUCGGUCAUGCGUAUGCGCCCAUCGGCGAUGAUGACGGCUUGUUUGAACUUAGCUUCUCCAUUUCUUCCCCAUCCAACCUCUCCAUCACCAUGAACAACGAGCAAUUCCGCCGUCUCGUUCUCGAUAACCCCUCCGCCUCCCGGCGCAGCGACAGCCCGCGCGACUCAUCCUCCCCCCAAAAUGCGAAUGCCGCCCGAUCCAGCGGGGGCGCUUUGGGGUCGCGCAUGAAAUCCAGCAUUCCGAUGACACCCCGCUCCGUCACCGGCGUCGAUUUCGCCCGCCAACUCGCCGAGUACCGUCGCGAGUCGCAGCCGCCCGCGAAACGGUUUCGCUCCUCCGCCGCUCCCAAGGGCACCAAGCUCCCCACCGGAUACCAGGACCGCGCGGCGCAGCUGCGCGCUGCAGAGGCCGCAAACGAAGCGGACAAGGAUGGGGCGGAUCUGGAGAAGCGGCUGAAGGCGCUGGAGGAGAUGGUGAAGCUGGGGCAGAUCGACCAGGAGACCUUUGACAAGCUACGACGGGACCUCGGCGUCGGCGGCGACCUGCAGAGCACGCAUCUGGUGAAGGGAUUGGACUGGGAUUUACUGCGGCGGGUCAAGACCGGCGAGGAUGUGGCCAAGGCUAAGGAGACGACGGAGACUGGCCCCGGUGAGGAGGCGCAAGAGGAAGACGUGGACGAGGCGUUUGAUCGGGUGCUGGAAGAACAGGGACAAGCGGAGCUACCCACGGCGCCGAAGGUGAAGGAGAAGAAGAGGGGUACGAUGGCGCCGCCACCGCCGCAGAAGAAGUCCCGCGACGAGAUUUUACGCGAGCUCAGGGCCAGUCGGGCGGCUGCUGCUGCCGCGGCGGCCGCUGAGGUGCCGGCUGAGCCGGCGCUGGGGGCGAGGUUCAAGCGGAUUGGGGACGCCAAGGUGGAGAAGAAACGCUGGGUCGAGCAGGAUGAGACCGGUCGGCGGAAGGAGAUUCUACAGAUUACGGAUGCGGAGGGCAAGACGAAGCGCAAGGUGCGCUGGCUGGACAAGCCGGGCGAGUCGCAGGGCGCGGCUGCGUCGGGUGCCUCUCCGCCGACGCCGGCUGGACUGCUCGUGCCGGAUAAGGACGCGAAGCCCUUGGGGAUGGAGGUGCCGGCGGAGCUUGCAGUGAAGGGCGCAGCGCUCCCGGAAGAAGAGGAAGGGGAUGAUGAUAUUUUCGCCGGGGUGGGCGCAGACUACGACCCGUUGGGUGAUGUUGGGGACGAGAGCGAUUCGUCCGAGGCGAGUGAGGAUGGCCAAGUCGGCGAGAAGCCUCAGGAACGUCCCCGGGAGCCUGAAACAAAAGGCACUGCGGAGACGGAGAAGGAACCGCCUCGCGAGCCAGCCAAACCUCGCAACUACUUUGGCUCUUCUACACGCGACGAGGAGGCCGAGGCCGACGAUCGGUCGAACCCGCUUACGAAAGAUCCUACGCUGUUGGCGGCGCUCAAACGGGCGGCGGCUCUGCGUCAGGGCUCGCCCUCUGCCGACGCAGUCGCUGGAGAGACGGAGGACGCCGACCCGGAGACACUGGCACGGCGACGCAAGUUCCUCGAGGAGGCGCGGCGGCGGGAUGCGCUGGAUGCCAUGGACAUGGACAUGGGAUUCGGAAGCAGCCGGAUUGAGGAUGAGGAGGACGAGGAGGGCGUGUUGUAUGACGGGGGUGGAGGGAAGAAGAGAAAGCGUGGGCCGAAGAAGCGCAAAGGCGACAAGGAGAGUGCGUCGGACGUGAUGCGCGUGCUGGAGGGGCGCAAGAAAGAGUAG